AUGCCAUCUGAACUAGAAGACCUCGUCGAGUUCCUCCAUCACGGCAACACGCAAGUCCGCCAGAUCGCCGUCGAGAACCUCGUCCCUUACUCAACCAGCCAACCCUCCAUCUUCAAACGCCACCAACUCCUCCCCAUCAACGACCUCAAACUCUUGAUCCGCGACUACCCCCAAAUCGCCAAAAACGUCCUCACCAUCCUCGUCAACCUCAGCGGCGAAGAUGGCGAAGUCCGCGCAAAACUCGUCUCGGACGACGAGUUCCUCGAAUCGCUGCUCAAGCGGGUGACAGACACCAAAGAACCCCACGCAGAUUUACAAUGCAUGCUCCUAGCCAACCUCUCCAAGUCCCCCUCCAUCCCCAAACUCCUCUCCCUCCAACGCCCCGUCCCCACCCCCCUCUCCACCUCCCCCUUCGCCAUCGACCAACUCCUCGAUUGCUUCGUCAAAGGGUCGGGAGGGAGCUAUAACAAAGACGCCAACCACGACUACCUCUCCUACCUCUUCGCGGACCUGGCCAAGCACGCCGCCGGCAGGGAGUACUUCCUCACUCCCCGAAAAGAGGACGAGGGGAUCGUGCCGCUGUCGAAGAUUAUCGUCUUCACUGAACACGGGUCCGCGAUUCGCAGGCGAGGGGUGGCGAAUACGAUUAAGAAUGUCUGUUUCGACGUCCCUGCUCAUCCUCGCUUGCUGUACUCCGACACCGACCUGGAAACGCCGGACGACGUGACGAAUCCGAUAGGCCUACUACCCUACAUCCUCCUCCCCCUCAUGGGCUCCGAGUCCUUCUCGGACGAAGACACAGAGGGGAUGCUGGAUGAAUGCCAACUGCUGCCCCCAGAUAAGGAGCGCGAUAACCAACCUGACAUCAUGGCUACACAUCUGGAAUCGCUAUUGUUGCUGACGACGGAGAAGGAGAGUCGCGCGAGGCUGAGGGCGGUGAAGACGUAUCCGAUUGUAAGGGAGUGUCAUUUGCAGGUGGAGGAUGAGGGGGUGCGGGAGGGGUGUGAUCGGUUGGUGCAGGUUUUGAUGCGGGAGGAGGGGAUGAAGGUUAGUGAGGGUGAGGGUGAGGGUGGGGAUGGGGAGGGGAGGGUGGAGGAGGUGGAUGAGGAUGAGGAUGAGGAUGAACAGAUUGUUGAUGUGGUUUGA